AAGACAUCUUAAAUUUUACAAAAGAUAUAGCGUUACCAACAUUUCUAGUUCUAGAUGAUUUAAUGGCUAGCGUAUGUCAAAGUAGAGAGGCCGCCAAAAUAUUCACGCAAUUAUGUCAUCAUAGAAAUAUGAAUGUCCUUUUUCUAACACAAAACGCCUUGUGUCAGGGUCCUAGCGCUAGAAAUAUUUCAUUAAAUACGCAGUAUUUCAUCAUUUUCAAAGCAAAUCGUGAUAAAAGACAACUAAAGUGUUUGGCUGGUCAGAUAUAUCCGGAUAAAACGAAAUAUUUUAUGGACAGUUAUUUGGACGCCACUUCGGAAAGAUACGGUUAUAUAGUCGUGGAUAUGUCGCCAGAUGGCGUUGAUGAAUAUAGAUUACGCACGCGUAUAUUUCCGGAUGAAGACCCUAUCAUUUAUAAACCCAAAAGUUAAUUGAACGCGUCAGUAUAGAUCCAGACGGUUACCUGACAACAUAUAAAAGACAUGUCACGAUGUCAGCACUUAUUAAAAGGAAUAAAAACUUCCUAAAUUUUCUUUUGACUAGUACUUUACAGCAAAUGAAAGUUUUAUUGAGUUCAAUUACAGAAACGCAACUUCAAGUUCUGGGUGAAAUUGUUCUUAACGUACUUCACGGUAGUCUCCCUAUAACGAAUUUUUAUAAACAAAAAUUGAAACGUCAUAAACAAGUUUUGCAACACAUUGCGACCAAAUCCAAAAGUAGGAAGUUCAGAAAGGACUUGAUCAAACGUAAUACAUCAGUUUUGGGUAUAUUGAUUAAAUCCAUUCAUAAUUUUAUCCAAAAAUUGAAGUCAUGAUCAAAUCUGUUUUGAUACCUUAUGAUAAAUAUAUCAGACUCGAAAAUUCUACGCGUAAAACUGAGGAGGGUAAUAACAAAACCAUAGAUCAGUCGCUACCUAAUACUGAUAAAAUGGAUGGUGGAAUAGGUUCACGUAAACCUAGUCAUACGAAGCAGGUUGAUUCCGGAAGUAAUGAUGCAUCUACGUUUUCCUCGGAAAAUAAAUUGGAUGCCCCAUCCGAUAGCGACUUUAAGGAAGAUACCACGAGUAAACAAAAUUAUGACGCAGGACUAUCAGCCAGUGAUGAUGAUGAUGCAAUAGGGAUGCCUAGUGAUAUCCAACUACCACUAGAUGUCAGCAUCGUACAGAGUAUUUUAAUAUUUGAAGAUGUCACCCUAAUCGAAUAUACACGUGUUUCUAAGUAG